AUGCGAGAACGCGUCCAGGACUGGCCGGCAGGACUCGUGCUGUAUGUAGGACCCUUUGGGCACCCCGGCAUGCUGCACAGGGCCAAGUACAGCCGCUUUCGGAACGAGUCCAUCACGUCUUUGGACGAAGGUGGUCCCGGAGGCUCGGCAGGGAACAAAGGCUCACCGCAGCCUCCCUAUUCAGCCCUGGCACCCCACCUGCCCGCGGAAGAUGCUACCCUGCCGGCCCAGGAGAGCCCCACCCCGUUGUGCACCUUGAUCCCUCGCAUGGCAAGCAUGAAGCUGGCCAACCCAGCCACUUUGCUGAGUCUGAAAAACUUUUGCUUGGGUACCAAAGAGGUGCCCCGGCUGAAGCUCCAGGAAAGCCAGGACCCGGCUCCCAGCAACCCUGCUUCCCCCAGCACCGGUCUAAGCCGGGCCGGCUCUGCACUGCCAGCACAGACUGACCCGGUGGUGCCCAGGGCGGCAGCCUUAACUCCGGCGGCUUGCCCGUUCCCUGGCCCUGGAGAGCCAGUCUCCAGGGCCCGGCAGGACAAACAGCACUUGCAGCACCUGUUGGGGACCGGCCUGAACUACUCUGUGAGGUACAUGGGCUGUAUUGAAGUGCUGCAAUCAAUGAGGUCACUGGAUUUUGGAAUGAGAACUCAAGUUACAAGGGAAGCAAUAAGCCGCCUGUGUGAAGCUGUGCCUGGGGCAAACGGAGCCAUUAAAAAGCGAAAGCCCCCAGUUAAGUUCCUGUCAACAGUCCUUGGCAAAAGUAAUCUUCAGUUUUCGGGAACAAAUGUAAAACUGACCAUCUCAACAUGCAGCCUCACAUUGAUGAAUCUUGACAAUCAACAGAUUAUUGCAAAUCACCAUAUGCAGUCUAUUUCCUUUGCUUCUGGAGGGGAUCCUGAUACCACAGACUAUGUUGCCUACGUAGCUAAAGAUCCAGUUAAUCAACGAGCCUGCCAUAUCCUGGAAUGCCGCAACGGAAUAGCCCAAGUCGUCAUAAGUACCAUAGGGCAGGCUUUUGAACUCCGGUUUAAACAGUACUUGAAAAAUCCUUCUUUGAAUACUUCUUGUGAAAGUGAGGAAGUGCACAUGGAUGGCCCUGCUGAGGAGAGGGAGGACCCCGAGUAUUACAAUGAGAUCCCAGGGAAGCAGCCUCCUGCCGGUGGCAUCUCAGAUGUGCGAGCCCGAGUUCCAGCUACAGAACAAAUGGCUUUCUGUCCCAUACGGUGCGAAAAGUUGUGCUAUUUGCCUGGAAACUCCAAGUGCAGCAGUGUCUACGAGAAUUGUUUAGAACCAAGCAGGUCAAUAGGCGAUGGCCAUGACAGAGGAGUGCAGUUCCUACGAGAGGCCUCAUUCAUGAAGCACACGUGUCGAGUGGAUCUCUUCGAUGACCCUUGCUACAUUAAUACACAGGCCCUUCAUGGUGCGCUCGGCUCUGCCAGAGAGCAGAGCUCAAGUCAAGCACUGGGGAGCUCGUGGCUUCCUGGAAAGACACCAGAAACCGUUCAGCCAGGUGCCACAGCCCAGCCUGCCAGCGAACAUUCUCUGCCACAUAUCAGGCAACAGCUGUGGAAUGAAGAGUGCUACCACGGCAAGCUGAGCAGGAAGGCAGCCGAGAGCCUGCUGGUGAAGGACGGGGACUUUUUGGUUCGAGAGAGCGCAACAUCCCCUGGCCAGUAUGUACUGAGCGGACUCCAGGGAGGCCAGGCCAAACAUCUUCUCCUGGUGGAUCCCGAAGGCAAGGUGAGGACCAAAGAUCAUGUGUUUGACAAUGUUGGCCACCUUAUCAGAUACCAUAUGGAUAACAGUUUGCCAAUCAUCUCUUCUGGAAGCGAAGUAAGCCUUAAGCAACCUGUGAGAAAAGACAAUACUUCAGCACUUUUGCACUUGAAGAAAUGACACUUUUGAAGUAAUCACCACCCUGAUCUUUCAAGAAAUUCCAUUUUGUGUUAGGACACAAAGGGAGUUCAGACUUGCUUUCUAGAAAAAUAGGGCACACACUGCAAAGUGCGUCUCUCUGAGACCAUCACAGAUCAGAUCCUUUAUAAACAACUAACAAAACUGAUCUUCAGGAAAGAGGAAGAGGAUCAACCCAUGUGAAAAGAAGCUAUACGUAUGCACAGAUGUCACUUUUUAAAAGUCAUAAUGCAUUAAUAACAAGCUAAAAGCACAAUUGUUACACCUGCUAGAAACAACUUGAACUGCUGGGGCAGUAGUACGUGCCUUUCAACUUGAUAACUUAGGGACGUUUUCAUAUUGGGGAUUGUAGUUUUAAGUGUCUUCAUGUUCUAUCACUACAGAAAUAUUUGCCAAAAAAA